AGAGGGUGGGUAGGUUUUUUGUUUGCGUUACGUCACGUAGUUCAAAGGUCAGGUUCGCUGGUAGGAAAGAAUGGAGCUGUGAUUUAAAGGGGGAGGAAUCGUAUGUUGGUGUUGUGCAGUGUUGGUAACUUGCUCGUCUAGAACUACGACUAAAAGAUGGGGAACACCAGCAGUGAGCGUGCCGGUAUGGAUCGCCAAGGGGGUCACAAAGCAGCACGUAGAGACAGCUCUGGGGGUGCUAUUCAUACAAAGGAGGGCGAUAGACACAAAAUUCUGAUGGACAGUCCAGAUGAUGCAGAACUGUUUAAUACGGAAGAUAUUAAGGCUCCUGUGGAGAAAGAAGAGUUUAUUGCCUGGCAGCAAGAUGUGGAUGUUGGUGAUAAAGUUCCGACACAAGCUAGGCCAACUGUUUUCCGCUGGACAGCAGGAGGACAUGAGAUCUAUUUAGCUGGUUCAUUUAACAACUGGAGCACCAAAAUCCCACUCACAAGAAGCCAAAAUAACUUUGUGGCUAUAUUGGAUCUGCCAGAAGGGGAACACCAGUACAAGUUCUACGUAGAUGGGCAGUGGACACAUGAUCCUUCUGAACCAGUGGUGACCAGCCAGCUCGGGACCGUGAAUAAUGUGAUUACAGUGAAGAAAACUGACUUUGAAGUUUUCGAUGCUCUGAUGGUAGAUUCACAGAAGUGCUCUGACUUGUCAGACUUGUCAAGUUCACCUCCUGGGCCAUAUCACCAAGAAGCAUAUAUCUGCAAAGCAGAGGAGAGAUUUAAAGCACCACCCAUCCUACCGCCUCAUUUGCUACAGGUUAUUUUGAACAAGGACACAGGCAUUUCCUGUGAUCCUGCGUUGCUUCCCGAACCCAACCAUGUAAUGCUGAACCACUUGUACGCUCUGUCUAUCAAGGAUGGUGUUAUGGUGCUGAGUGCUACUCAUCGAUACAAGAAGAAGUACGUCACCACCCUGCUGUACAAGCCUAUCUAAUCAUAAAGCUGUUGGAAUCUUAAAUCAGAUAAUAACAUGGCACAUUCAUGCACGAAAUGCUGCUGACUUCUUGAAACCUGUUGUGCCCACUUUGUAAUAACAUAAAUCGGCAGCUAUUUCUGGAGACCCUCUUUGUUCUAACAACAUUUUUGGCACUUUAUUGCACAUCAGAAGACUUUUAAUAAUUUGGUUGUUUUAGUAAUGAAGUUCUGCAAAUCUCGUUUUGAAAUUCCUUUUAGGUUUCAUUUUUUAUGGGCCUUCACAUUUGAGUUGCUGUAAGUUAUUUUUUGUUUUGCACAUCAGAGCAGUAAUGGAUUGGAAAUGGUUUAGUAGCGGCAUUAAAAGCUGGGUAUUUGACACCCUUCUGGCAUGGGUGUUAAUAUAAGUUACAUAACUGUAUUGUGCCAAAUAAAGGAGUGUCUUUUAGGAUUGCAUGCUACUACUAGAUAGGGCAUACUACAGAAAGGAACACAGACCCACAGACUGUUUGACCAUGGCCAGUAGUAAAUGGGUUACAAAAAAUGUUAGCUUCCAGAUAAGAUAGCAGGUGCUACCAUCUGUUAGUAAUGUAUAUACUGAUAUUGGUAUCUGCAGCAGACCCUAGACUACAUAUAAACACAUUCCAGCUCUGUUGUAUUAGAUAGUAUAAUUCAGAAGCACAGACGGUAUUGUGCACUUAGGAAAGUGGUUUCCAAAAGUAGUACACCCAUUCUUGUAUGCAUGUAAUCUCCAGGUAUAGUGUGCAUUAUAUGCAGACCUCUUCCUGCAUGCAUGCAGUCUGCAGGCACAGGUUGUUCUGACUGUACACCCCCAUGCAUUAAGUAUAUUCAGCCUGCAGGCGUAGCGCACACCUCAGAAUGCAUACUCAUUUCUGUGUGCAUGUAGGUGCACCUCUUCCUGCAUGCAUGCAGUCUGCAGGCACAGGUUGUACUGUCUGUACACCCCCAUGCAUUAAGUAUAUUCAGCCUGCAGGCAUAGCUCGCACCUCAGAAUGUGCAUAUCCAUUUCUGUGUGCAUGUAGGCACACCUCUUCCUGCAUGCAUGCAAUUUCCAGGCAGAAUUAACACUGUGAAUACACCACAUACCUGUGUAUAUAUUAUUUCCAAGCAUAGCCCACACUACAUGUACACCUGCAUGCCUUAGGUAUAUUCAGUCUGCAGGUAUAGCUCACACCUCACAGAAUGUACACGUACAUUCCUCUAAGUGUGCAGUCUUCAGGCACAAUACAUUCUGUGUGCACACCCAUUCCUAUGUGAACAUAAUCUCUAGCAGGAGGUCACAUUGUGUACACACCUUUUCAUGUGUGUAUAUAAUUUUCCAGGUGUAGUUUACACUGUGCAUCCCAUGCCUGGGUAUAUUUAACCUCCAUACACACCUCAAACCUCACACUCCCCAUUUCUAUGUACAUACAGUCUGUAGGUAUUCUUCACACUGCAUGCAGACACAUCACUUUGUGUACAUAAUCUUCACACACAGCUCACACUAUGUACACACCCAUUCUUGUGUUUGUAUAUAAUGUCCAGUCACAGUUCAUGUUUACAUGUACAUCCCAUGCUUACACAUUGUACGCACCACAUUCCUCUGUGUAUGCAUUGUCCAGGCACAGCUCAAACUACUUUUAGUUUGGUCUGUGUUUUUCUAUACAGACUGCAGAUUCUAGCAUAGAGUUUAUUGUAAAGUAACAAACUGUAUUGUAACCUGCACACCAAAAACAGUGUAGCAUGCAUUUUUGAUUUUCACUGGCAAUAUUUUUAUUUUUUCACUCUGAUAUAAUAGCCUUUGGAAAGUUACUUGUGUAAAAGUAGUAGUAAUUAGCUGCUUGCACAGGAAUGUAAUCUGUUACAGAUUACUUUAUUAAAAAUGUAACUAAUGCA